AUGGCCUUCACAGCGCUCAACAACAAGCCAUCGGCACCUAUAGUCCCCGUGCAAACGCCUGCCGCACCUGCACCUGCGCCGGCUGCACCGACUCCCGUACCACAUCCACAAGAAAUUGAUGUCGCUUUCGCUAGCAAUCAUGAGCUACGGAAGCGCGUGCACGCCGCCAUAGACCAGAACCCCACGCAAAGCACACUUUUCCGCGACAUUUCGACAUUUAUCCUUAAUCAAACUUCGCAACCCGCCGCCGAGCCAGCAACAAAGAAGCGCAAGAUCGAAGAGAGCAUUGUCCCACAGAAUGGCGCAUCACCAACAGGAGGCAGCCUCACAAGUACUGCAACGAAAGCGUUCAAGACAUUUCCAGCCGUCAGCUUCUCGAUACCACAGCGAAAGAAGUUCACCCUUGAACUCGUAGACAAGAAGGAUGGCGGCAUAAGAGCCAUAGGCGCCAAUGGCAACGUCGAAUUUGCCGUUGCGUGGAAAGACGUCGAUCAAGUCUUCUGCUUGCUUAUACCCGAGAAGGCGAAGAAGCAGCACCAUUUUGUCAUCAUACCAGUGCAUGGCGAUGGAGUGGCGCCUGUGCCAGAUGAAUUGAAGGCCUCACCGCCAGAGCCAAUAGUCUGGACGUUUGAGGAGGCGACAGGAAAGAACAUAGUCGAAGGCGAAGAUCCAGGACCAGGACCAAUGGCUGAGGCUAUACAUCAUUGCUUGAUACAAGCAGGGACCGGGAAAGAGGUCAUCUUCCCAGAUGCGGACGAAUUCGCGAGCGCAGUGCCAGAAAGUCACAGGAAGGGCGAGAAGGCGUAUCAUGUCAAGGCGCACAGAGGAAGCAAGGAGGGCUACCUCUUCUUCACCUCGGUAGGCAUCCUCUAUGGCUUCAAGAAGCCCCUCGCAUUCUUCGACUUCGCCUCUAUCAACAGCAUAUCGUACACAGCCGUCCUGCGUAAUACGUUCAACAUCGUCUUCACCACACCCACAGGCGAUAUCGAAUUUGGCAUGCUCGACCAACAAGACUUCGCGGGCAUAAACGAAUACGUACAGAAACACGGGCUGCAGGAUGCUAGUCUGGCUGCCGACCGACGCGCAAAGAAAUUGAACGUAAACAAGGUGGGUGGCAAGAAGGAGAACGGAGCAGCAGUGGGGGAGGCUGGUGGCGAGGAGGAGGAGAGCGAAUUGCAGAAGGCGGAGAGAGAAUUACAAGACCAGGAAGACGACGAGGAAGAGGAUGACGAUUUUGACCCUGGAAGUGAGGGCGAGAGUGAAGGCUCAGGCUCGGACAGUGAAGAUGAAGACGGAGAAGGUGGAGGCUAUGAGGAGGGCGAUACAGCGGAAGUAGAGUACGAUGAGGCUGAUGGUGAUGAGAUGGAACAUUAG